AUGAAGUUGAACAUCUCCUACCCAGCCAACGGUACUCAAAAGUGCAUUGAGAUCGAGGACGAGCACAAGUUGCGUGUCUUCUACGAAAAGCGUAUGGGCCAAGAGGUCGAGGGUGACUCUGUCGGUGACGAAUUCAAGGGCUACAUCUUCAAGAUCACUGGUGGUAACGACAAGCAAGGUUUCCCAAUGAAGCAAGGUGUCUUGCACCCAACCAGAGUCAGAUUGUUGUUGUCUGAGGGUCACUCUUGUUACAGAGCCAGAAGAGACGGUGAGAGAAAGAGAAAGUCCGUUAGAGGCUGUAUCGUCUCCCAAGACUUGUCCGUCAUUGCUUUGGCUAUUGUCAAGCAAGGUGACGCUGACAUCGAGGGUUUGACCGAUGUCACCACCCCAAAGAGAUUGGGUCCUAAGAGAGCCAACCACAUCAGAAAGUUCUUCGGUUUGUCCAAGGAGGAUGACGUCAGAGACUACGUUGUCAGAAGAACUAUCGAGAAGAACGGUAAGACUUACUCUAAGGCUCCAAAGAUCCAAAGAUUGAUCACUCCUCAAACUUUGCAAAGAAAGAGAGCUUUGAAGGCCAAGAAGAUCAACAACGCCAAGCAACAGAGAGAUGCUGCUGCUGAGUACGCUCAAUUGUUGGCUCAACGUUUGCACGAACGUAAGGCUGAGAGAGCUGAGAUCAAGAAGAGAAGAGCUUCCUCUUUGAGAGCUUAA